UGCUAACCCUUUCAGCACUUAUCUGGAAGCUUUGUGACUAAAUCUGCAUACACACCAUGUAGGAUAUCAUUUGAAACAAAAACCCUGAAUAACAGCCAUUAUAGUUUUUGUAGUUUUUAGGUAAAGUGAACCUCAGUUAGAUUUAAUUAAUCUUGCUUGGUGCAUUAAACAACUCACUGCCCCCUUUCUGCCACCCCCGCCCCCAGAAACAAUGGGCUCUGCAAUCUCUCUGUCAGAGGCCAACACUUCCUUCUCUCUGGCUUUGUUCAAACAGCUGAGCAGUAACAACAAGACGGGAAACAUCUUUUUCUCCCCGUUCAGCAUCUCUUCAGCCCUGGCUAUGGUGAUGCUGGGGGCCAGAGGCAACACAGCCACACAGAUGUCAGAGUGCUUGCAAACCGGGGAUUGUUGGGGUGAUGUUCACAGCAGCUUUGCCAAACUUGUCACUGAACUCAACAGGACAGAUGCUCGAUUUACCUUCACUGUUGCUAACAGACUGUACAGAGAGAAGUCCUGCCCCUUUACUCAGGAAUUCUUAAUACAAAGCAAGAAACAUUACAGCACAGAGCUGGAGUCUGUGGACUUCAAAACCAGGUCUGAAGAGGUCAGGAUUGAUGUCAACAACUGGGUGCAGCAACACACACCAGGUAACAUCACAGAGGUGGUGGAUGAAGAUGAUUUGAAUGAACUGACCAGGCUGGUGUUGUUCACUGCCACCCACUUCAGAGGCAGCUGGAUUAAAGAUUUCUCGUGGUCUGAAACUUAUGAUGCUCAAUUUUGGCUCAAGAAGAAUGACUCAAAGGCUGUGAAGAUGAUGAAACAGGAAGAAGACUUUGCGUGUACCUUCAUCAAAGAAGCAAACUGCAAAAUUCUAGAGAUGCCUUACAGCGGGGAGGAAGUGAGCAUGCUCAUCUUUUUACCUGCAGAGAUCGAGGAUGAUACAACAGGACUGGAGAAGGUAGAACACUUACACACUCGGGAAUUUGUGGCUUGGACUCAUCCAGGCAAGAUGCAAACAUGUUACAUUGAUGUGAGGCUGCCUCGAUUUACACUGGAGGAGAGGUAUGACCUGAACACAGUCCUGAGCAGCAUGGGCAUGGUGGACGCCUUUGAUCACACAAAGUGUGACUUCUCUGGUAUGUCUGGGCGCAAAGAUCUGGUACUUUCAAAAGUCAUCCACAAGGCUUUUGUGAAGGUCCACGAGAAGGCAACUGAGGCUACUUUUGGAGUUAUGUGUUGGAGUGAAAUUCAUUCACUCAAGAUAAGGUGGGGCAAUUUUGAUUUAAAAUCCUUCAUCGCAGACCACCCCUUCCUCUUCUUCAUCAGACAUAACCCCACCAUGAACAUCCUGUUUGCUGGUCGGUUCUGCUGCCCUGUGUGAGCUCUGUGUCCUUUAGAGCAGCUCAGUACCAGAAGUCUUUAGUGUUUAGUUGGAGAACCUUUCAAAAUCACUGCACAACAGCGCUGUAUUCAUAUUAAUAUACAGCUUUUUGUCUUUUGUUUGUUUGUUACAUUUUGUAUUUUUCUCAUUACAAAACUUUCUCACCUUUAAAUGUUAUCUGUUGAGAUGUUCAUACCGUACUCUUCAAAUGUCCCAUCUUCUGAUCAGAAAUUUAUCAAAGAGUGUUUAAUCGCUGAAAUGAGAUGAACUGCAUGAUGUAUAAUUCUUAAUCUUAAUUUGUCUCAUUGUGGCAGGUUGUGAAUUUCAAUAUAUAGUGAUUAGGCCUCAGUAUAUAGAAGUCAUGAACACAAAUAAGUGAGAUCAUGAUGGAGCUGUGUCAUGUCUAAUAUUGACAUGGCUUUAUACCAGCUCUGAAUCAAUAAUGUGUCACGUUAAAUCCUUGUUGCUUUGACUCCUCUCUCCUUGUCUCUUCCUUGCUUCCUUUGUACAGGUGUUACGCAGCAAAUGUACAAGUGAUCCCUGUGAGCCAAAGCUCAGAUUUCAGACUGCUCAAAAGGAUCCGUUUUACUUUUUCUGCUCUUACCUCUGCGGGAUAUGUCAGAAGGAGAAGCUCCUCCUUGGACACUGUCUUUACUUUUAAGUUAGGCUUAAAAUGUUCCUUUUUGAUAAAGUAUCUAGUUAGUGCUGGAUCAGGUAACCCUGAAUCCUCCCUUAGUUAUGCUGCAAUAGGUGUAGGCUGCAGCUGGAUUCCCUUCUUCAGUCAUAUUGCUCACUCACUAUGUGUUAACAGACCUCACUGCAUUGAAUCAUACUUGUUAUUAAUCUCUGGCUCUCUUCCACAGCAUUCUUAUGAGCAUGCCAAAGUGCUUGCUCAUAGGGGCUCAUAUG